AUGACAGGAGAUAUGAAGGAAUUGAAUUCUGUGGGGGGUUAUGAAAAGAAAAGAAACAUGAGGGAGUUGAGUUACGUGGGCAUUGAUGAAUUAAAGCAGAAGCUUGCAUACACCAUCCUUGAAUUAGAGUCAAUGAAAGUUGCAGCAAUGAAGAAAUGA